AUUUUCUUCGAUCUGGUUUUUGUUUUUUCCGGUUCGCUUUCGUUAUAUGAAUUCUUUAUUGCGAACCUAGCGCGAAUAAUUAUAGAUCUCAAUAAAUCGGCUUUAUUUUAUUUUUCGUUUUGAAGUUGGGAACAAUGGAUUCGAAGAGUAUCCCUUUGCCGACCCCUCUGGUCGAUUGCCUUCCCGCUGCACAGCCUUCUCCAUCAUCUAGCGUAUGUUUUUGCAACCCUAAGUAUGAAAAUGGUACCACAGCAACGGGUUUUAUUUUGAACAAUGAGGGGGUUGUAGUUGCCCUUGAUCAUUCAAGAGCAUCUGGCGAAUUCCCUGAAAAUGUUACGUUACUUAAUUCGCAUCUGCUUGUAGCCGUUUCUGGAGGGACCAAAUUUGAGUGCAAACUGCUGCUCAGUAUUCUAGAGACGAAGUGCCAGAUUUAUGAACUUGUGGAAGGGAGAAAAGCAUCUGCUGCAGAAGCAUCGAUGAUGCUUUCUGACUUUCUGUCUGGACAUCCUUGCAGUGAUGAAGGUUUGCCACUCGGCAUACUGCUCGCUGGGUGGGAGAAUGAAUUGGGACCUCAGCUGUAUAGAGUGGACGCCAAGGGGGAACUGUGCCCUGAUAAACUAUUACUCGCUACUGGGUCUGUUUCAUUUGAUAGUUCUGCUUCUGGGUCUGUUUCAUUUGAUAGGUGUGCUACUGGGACUCCUCGAUUUGAGAGAUUUUUGGCAUUUUGCCUUACCUACUCGCGCGUUCCUGAUACUCGUGCUACCGAGUUGGCCAGAGAUGCAGUCAAUCAUGGAAGUGGUGAAUGUUUCAGUGUUUUCCAUGUUGGAACUAGUGGUGUUACAUCUUGGCUCUAUAAUGAAGCACUUGAUCAAAGCUGGAGAGCUGUAGAAACAGCAGAUCGUGGGAUCUCACUGGGAAUUAAUUACACACAUAUGAUGAAUGGUGGUUGUGGUCUUAAGUAUCGAAUGGGAACAGCAUUAGGUUUUAUUUUCAAUGAUGAAGUAGUUACGGUAUCCCUUGAUCAUUCAAUCAAAUCAAAUCCAGAAAACGCUAGGCUGCUUAAUUCGCAUCUGCUUGCCUCGGUUUGUGGAGUUGACAAGUUUCAGUGCCAAGGUUUGGUUCAUUUUCUUCAGCUUAAGUGCUGGCGUUUUCAGCUUGAAGAAGGGAGAAGAGCUUCUGCAGCAGAGGCAUCAAAGUGGCUGGCUGACCAUCUGGCUUGUAAUCCUUGCUCUGAUGACGCCUUAUCACUGGAAGUACUAAUCGCUGGGUGGGACAGAGAAUCGGGACCUGCCCUGUAUCAUGUGGAUGCUGAAGGGGCAAUGUGUAGUAGACCAUCCUUCGGCUCCGGAAGUGCUGCACACGGCUGUGCUUAUUUUGACCCUCCCGAUCCAUUCCGUUUCCGCUCGAAGAGGGGUUCACGCAAAUCAGCCCGUUAUAAUAUGUCCGUGACUGAAGCUAUAGAGUUGGCCCGAGAUGCUCUGUGUGGUGGUGCUUUACUAGUUCCUGAAAGCCGUGAAUUUUGCAGUGUUUUCAACGUCGGAAGUGAUGGAGUUAAACAUGUACUCGUGAACUAUGAUAUAAGGGGAUGGCAAGAAAAAUACUUCCAUGAACAUGGUGAGGGGGAGAAGAGUUACAUCACCAAUUUUAUUAAGCAGAGGGGCCAAAACCAUUUUAUUUUAUGAUUUAAGAUAUGGAACCCCGAGGAGUGUGAUGUGUGGUGGCUUCUUUCUUUCUUGUCGGCUUUUAUUUAAUGAUGUGAUUUUAUGGCCUCCUUUUGUGGUGGACCAGAGGGAUUUCCUCAAGACUAUAUUUAUGUGUCGAUUACUUUUGGUUGGCUCUAUUUAGAAUGUACUAUCUAAUAAUGCCAUGAUAUUUUAGUUAAGUAUUGGGUGGGAUAUUGUGUCGAAGUUGAAAUGAUAAAUUAUAAGGUUUAUAACAUUCAGAAGCUAAUUAGUAAUUCCCGUUUGCAGUGUCAUUUUUAAAAUAUUAGUGAUUAGUAUUGAUUGAAUAACAACAUUUCAACUUUUUGAAUUUGUCUUUGAACAACCUAUUUUGUUUGACUUUAAUCAUUAUCACAUAUUUCCG